AUGUCUGACAUUAAUAGUAUCAAGAACGUGAACCAGCCGUCUCCACGCAUGGACAGUGAAGACUUACAGCACGAUAGCAGCGAUAAGGUCAGCCCUCGGCCCGGAGGCCUAGAUGAUGGCAACCUAGGCGGGCCACAGACUCUGCGGAGGAGCCCCCGGCGACGGAUACAACGAGCCCCACAGGAUCAAGACCUGGUGGCCAGUUUCUUGGACAGUGGCAAGGUCAGGAAAGCAUCUACUAGGAAAGCAUUUACCAAGAACAUGUCUGGCAGCCGCCGGGUUGCCAGGAUGCGAGGGAGCCAGGAAUAUCGUGUGCGACGAUUGGACGGGGUGCGGCAUCGGCUCGGCCAGCCGAUAGAAUUCAAAGUGGAUUGGGUGCCAACCUGGGUACCAUUUCAUGACCUACGAGGAGAGGAACUUUUCGGGGAGGCGCGGGCUGCUGUAGAGGCAACGCUUGGAUACAAGACGUGGGGUGCGCUGGACGGACCAGAGUCGCAUCUUGCGGCCCUAGACCUGAACGAGGAGGUUGUGUACGAAUCGGAGUAG